AGCAGCUCAGUUCGUACUCAGAUUUCGUAGCAACGAGAGCGUUGCCACCAUCGAGCAGCAGCGAGUGGCCGCGAGAAAUAGCACAAAUUGGUGCGUAACAUCGAUCGACAUCCGCCGUGCGUGAAUCGCGUAUGCGCGCACAUACACACACGCAAGAUGGCGCCACGGCUGUUGUACCUGGCAAGGAUUGUUCUGUUGUUGUUCAUGCAGACUUUGCUGGCACCGAUUGACAUCCGGUGCAUGUCAGUCGAUCAGGACGCGACCUGCAGCCGAUUGGAUCGUAAUCAGUACCUCGAUCCGGAGAUUGGCACUCCGAUGGUCGAGGAGGACUUCCGAGGCCACAUCACAGUGCUGUAUAGUGUGGCUCCACCGAAGCCGUUCCUCACUCGCCGUAUUUACAAGGAGCGGGACCCUAUAUACUACAACAAAAUUCUGUUCGACGAACAGAUUCAGCUCUUCCACAAUCUAUUGGACCGAUUUGAGAGCAACGGCUAUGGGGACGUGCAAUUUAUUCUCGCCGCUACCGCCAGUCUACACCCGGACGAAACGGACUUUUACGAUUUCGAUGAUUUCCUGGACAAUGUGACGAGCAUCGCGGCCAGCCACAACAUCUCGGUGUAUCCGAACCCGCUGAACGAAAACGGCACGUUUGCCAUGUUUGGCCUGAGGGAGUUUCAGGUGUACGUACUGGAUCGUUGCUCGCGGAUAGCCUACAUAAUCGAGCCACCCUGGAGUCUGAUCCAGUACUCGUACGUGAAGGCUGCCGUGCUUUCGACGCUGUACGAUCGACCGUGUGGUGACUGUGACGUCGACAAUUUUCUUAAUUCAUCGUUGCCGGAAAAGAAACUAGAAGAAGUGCAGCUGCUACCAACGACUGAUUCACCCAACGGCACUACUAUGGCUGAGGCUACGAUCCCGACAAACUCGAAUAUCAGCCCGUAUGAUGAUUCCCCUGAAAGCGACGAAGAAAUUCUCACCGAUGAAGAUCCCGAUCUGGAACGUACUACCGAAGAGAUUGAUAUACUACGACCAAACAUAACCGAGACAAGCUCAACCGACGAUGAGGACCCCUUCGCGAACUUUACCGUGACCGGUCCGGAACUAUCGCUCCCGUUGAAGAUCAUCCUUCCAGCAGUGCAUAUUCACUUUGAACAACCGAAGCCAAAUAACUCGUACGAUAAAUACGCCUAUAUUAUCUUCCAAAGCGACAAUCCGCUGCUACAUCAUCAUGAAAACGAAGCCAAAGAAAAUGUGACUGCACCCUCAUUGCGGGAAAUUCCGCUCGUGAACGUUUCAGCCAACAGUACCCUAAGAGUUGUAAAUGUCGAUUGGCCUCUAGAACAGUUACGGGAAAUACUCAACAGCUCGACCAUAUUUUACGACGACCAUACCACGCAAGUCUAUCGGAAGUUGGCCCGAUACAGUGCUUCCGGUUUCGACGAAUUGGAAGAACUAUCGGUCGCCAGCAGGUAUGCCGCCUGGAAGCGAAGCCAGGCGGAACGGAUCGAGCAGGUGAAAACUGAGAAGCGCCAUUUUAUUCGUAAGCACUACGAACGGCUGAUACAGUGGCUCAGCUGGCAGUUUGAGAAGUCCUGAUAAUGGCUUACAGCAUGAUAAGUUCAACUUAAAUACUCUAGUAAAACAAAAUAUUUUUUACUUAUGUUUUUAAAAAUAGGCAAUAUAUGUGUUUUAUUUCAUAC